UUUUUUCUUUUUCUUCUCCUCGUUCUCCUUCUCUUUUUUUCCUCCAGCACAAAACGCCAGUCGCCAACAUGUUCCGCACUGCCAUCCUCCGCACAUCCGCCUCGGCCGUCCGCGCCGCUGUUGCCCGACCCGCCGUCGUCCGAAGAACAGCUCUGAUGGCUGCUCCUCGCGCCGUCGCUGCUCCCGUCCGCGUCCAGAGCCUUAUGGGUGUGAGGAUGUACAGCGCUGGUGGAAGCUUGAACAAGGAGGAGGUCGAGGGCCGCAUCCUGAGCCUGCUGCAGGGUUUCGACAAGGUCAACGAUGCUGCCAACAUCAAGCCUACCGCCCACUUCGCCAACGACCUCGGUCUGGACAGUCUCGAUACCGUUGAGGUCGUCAUGGCCAUCGAGGAGGAGUUCAGCAUCGAGAUCCCCGACAAGGACGCCGACACCAUCCACUCAGUUGACAAGGCCGUCGAGUACAUCCUCAACCAGCCCGAUGCUCACUAAAUCGCUUCCGACCCGAUGAUUCUGGAAACACUGGCCCCUUUUCUCUGCUCUUGUACCUCUCUCGUUAUGCGACUUGAAAUUCCCUCCUGAGAUAUACCCGGAUAUGUAGAGGCUAUGAUAUUGGGUGGGGUACCGAGGAAAAAAAAUAAUGAAUUGUUUGGAGGUCAUUUUUAAAAAAGAAAAAAAGAGGCAUAAACAGACGGCCAACAGGUUGACAUCAUGCUAUGGUGAAAUCUCAUCUAAUUUUCCAUCUUUGAGAGACGAUUAAAGGGAUGUUUUUUCCGUCCAAGAUCACCUACUUUACCUUGGCUUCAAUGUUUCCAGAUCAAACGGAAGGGAUUGUGGAAUGGGGGGUGUUAAAAUCGAGAAGAGAGAAAAAAAAAGACGAUUGUAUUGAUGGUGGUUGGAGACGCUGCUACAUAAAGUCUGUGCAGCUAUCCCUUGUAUUAGUGUAUAGAAGACUCAAUUUACUCUCCACCAACUGCUUGCUUGU